AUGAAUUUUCAACAAAUAUUUUGUUCAGAAGUGCAAUACACAACUCCAGAAUUAGUUGGUUUAUGCUGCAAGUGGUUUGCUUAUAAUAUUGUGAAUUCACACUGCUGCCAGCUCGCUUUGAUGGCAUUUGUGAAAGAAACAAUGGUGGUUACCGUGGAGAAUGGUAAAUGUAAUUUCUUGUACAAGCUUACUGAUGGUUACAUCGACUGUGGAUUAGCAACAGAUGUUGCAUCCAAAAUGGGCGUAAGUGACGAAAUUGUGGGACGCGCAAAUGAAAUAUGUGAUUGUUUGAAACGCGGUGUGCCGAUUGAUCCGGCCGCGGAUGAUGAGGAUUUAAAAAUAUUCUGUACAUUUGCGCCGAAUUUUCAGUGGCUUGUGAAUGUCGACUUUGAUGCUGAACUUGAUUGUUUUUUAUUUCUGCUUUUGAUUUUUUUUUUGAUUAACUUUCAGUUAUUUUUUAAAGCAAGUUGA